UCAUAGUCCGCUGGCAUUGGGUGCCCACCUGACGGGACCGGGACCGGGACAGAAGCCAUCUCUCACGUGUUCCGGCACACCGCCAGUCGCCAGGAGCGACCGAUCGUGGGCUGGGGCGUCCGAAGCCACGAUCAUCUUGGCCGUAUGCGCAUCCGAUGUCGUUCUGUGAGGGGGAGGGGCUCGGCUCGAGUCACGACAAGAGAGGCGGAUCUGUCCGUCUGCUUUUUUGUGAGUACACCCGCCACGGAUAAUAUCCAACCAACAACCCUCGAGGGGAGGCGGGUGAGGCGGGCGAGGCAGGGUUCAUGUCACUGCGAUACAUGCUCCGACUCGGAUGGUCGAAGGAAAGCAAAUGAGGCUCUCCAGCCUGGUCAAUGCAAACUCCUAGGAUACCACAAGGCGAUGCAUUGUGGACAAAAAGGAGACGCAAGGCGAGACGUCUGUCUGGCCUGGUUCGGAACCCGGGUCUCGAGGAGGGAGAGAGAGCCUACAGCGCAGUGGCUGCCGGACCUGGUAUCUUCCUGGCGAGACGAGCUGGUGACCAACUUGCCAUGCUUGGUAUUAAGUGCGGCGGGGAUACCGAUACAUGCAUUUGUCGUGGCCCACUUGCGUUGUUUAUGAGGGCACCUAAGUACAGGCCUGUCAGGGACCGAAGACGCCCUGAGUUGUCUUUCUCGGCUGACAGGGUGAUGCAGGUGUCAGCCACUGUCCGAGACCACGAGCGAGAGCGAGUGAACACAGUCGGUUACACCCAAUGCUUCCUUCCCGGCGAGGGACAAGAAAAUGUUUUUAUUUUAUCUUUAUUUUUAACACGUUUUCACCUGCCGAAAGUUCGGCUCACACAAUGUCGUCAGUUGCCAACGUUGGCCAACUCUUCUUCAUUUCCGCUUCCCAUCCAC